AUGCGAGCGGCCAUGAACCCAUUUUUCUCCAAGGGCGCCGCAGACCGCGUGUCUAUGGGUUUCGUGAGGCGGCUGAACUUGGCCUCAGACGUAAUGUCACAGCAAUCAAAAGAGAGAAGACGCCUUGACCUGAUGAACAUAUUUCGCUCAUUGACGUGCAAUACAAUGGCCGAGGUCUUCCUCGGGGUUCCCGAACUAGUUCCUACAGGGUGCCGCUCUGACUUGCUGGAUACGCUUGACGAAAUCGGCUCCAAAUCUUUGCUUCUCUUGAAUUUUCCUUUCUUGCGGUUCCUCGGUGCAGUGGCCCCUCCCCGCAUAUUUGACUCGCUGGCCCCUGGCCUUCGGGGUUUGCGAGAGAAAUGCAACGCUUUGAUCAGCAGAUGCCACAAGAAAACUGACGACCAAACAACCUAUAGCCACUCAAACUCGGUGUGUGAAAUGCUGAUUGACAAAAAUCCCGCCGGAGCUUUAUCCACCGCACUGGAUCGUGAUAUAAUGCAGCACACGCUGCAGUUCCUAGUCCCUAAUACCGAUUCAUCGGCGAUGGCCCUUUCCGCCGCUAUAUUUCAGCUUAUUCAGUCGCCUGCAAUGCGCCUCCGCCUCCGCAGUGAGUUGGAAGACUACUCUUUAGACAGCGACGAUUGGAGCAGUCUGAGCAAGCUGCCCUUCCUAACAGCAGUCGUGAAAGAAACCUUGCGUUUGUAUCCUAGCCUCCCAGGGCUCCUGCCUAGGAUCGUUCCACCAGGGGGGCACACUAUUGGCGAGCAGCACCUCCCCCAAGGUACUAUCAUCGCGGCCAGUAUAUACGCCAUGCAUCAGAACACAGAGGCAUAUCCGGAGCCGAUGCGAUUCAUUCCCGAACGAUGGCUUAUAAACGGCAACAAAGAGCGCGACCAGUGUUUCGCACCGUUCCAGAAGGGCAAUCAUGCCUGUAUCGGAAUUAAUCUUGCAUAUAUGCAGUUGUAUAUUGGGAUCGCACAUAUCGUCAAACGCUUUGAUUUGGAGCUUUGUGAGCCUGGCUUCUCUAAUUGGGACUGGAUUGAUCGCGCCGGGGCGAAGUUAGCAAGGCCGAUGUGGGCUCGAGUCGUUCGAGACUAUGAAAUUGCUCGGUGCGAGUCGCGUUCUGACAUUAGUGCGUUACUGUGA